AUGGAAAUAAACUUCAAUAAAUCAUAUUCAUCAAAAGAAGAAGAAGACAGAAAGAAAAAUAUUUUUGAUGAAAGUUUAAAAACAAUUUCCAAUCAUAACUUGAAAUUUGAUAGUAAAGAAUCUUCAUUUAAAAUGGGAAUAAAUCAGUUUGCUGACAAGAAUAUUGAUGACUUUAAUCAGAUGGUGGAAAUUAAACCCUUUGUAGAGAAUAAAUUAUUUGAAGCUGUAAUGAAGAAGGAGAUAAGCUUUAAACCUUUAGCGAUUGACAUCGAUGAUAACGCCACAUUACCAUCUUCGUAUGAUUGGAGGAAUUAUGGUGCCGUGACAAAGGUUAAAGAUCAAAAAGAUUGCGGUAUUUGCUAUACAAUCGCGGCACUUGGUUCACUUGAAAGUCAUAUUUUUAUAAAAACUGGAAAUCUUCUUGAACUUUCAAUACAAGAAAUUCUUGAUUGUGGAGAAAGUUACAAUACAUUUGGAUGCGAUGGUGGAAUAGGCUUUAGAGUAUUUGACUAUAUCAAAGAUAAGGGAAUCAGUUUGGAAAAUGAUUAUCCCUUCACUCGUUCGAAAAAGGAUUGUGAUUUGAUUCCAAAACGCUUAAAAUUUCCAAUUAAAGGAUAUUUUAGAACAGUUAAAAAUGAUGAGACAAUGCUUAAGAGAGCGCUUGUAUCAAUGGGACCUCUUUUAGUAAAUCUAGCAUCUAAUCAUGAAUCAUUUAUGCGAUAUUCUAGUGGAAUUUAUUAUGAUCCUAGUGUAACUUCUAAUGACAACAUUACACAUUCACUUCUUUUGGUCGGCUAUGGAAGUGACGACGACAUCGAUUAUUGGAUCAUUAAAAACUCUUUUGGAGAGGCUUGGGGUGCAAACGGUUACAUUAAGUUAGCUAUUAAUAAUCGCAAUAAUCAUAUGAGAACUGCUUUUUCUGCAGUAUGCCCUGUACUUGAUUACAAUUUAGAGUGGGAUCGCGCGAUAAGAAUUCUGAAGGGAGUCACAAUUGACGAGUUUCUUUCUAUAUUGAACUUUUCCGAAAAUGUUAAUGAAAAAACUCGUUAUCAAUCUAUCAAUGCAACUAACUAA